AAAAAAAAAACCAACCAACCAACCCCUCAGCCCGGCCGGGAAACGACGCGCGGAUCCGCCCGCCGGGCCGGGCCGGGCCCACUCCUCCUCCUUCUCCUCCUCUGAAGGAGAGCGGGAGGCCGGGACCCCCCGAGCGGCCUCGGAGCGGCGAUCGCUGCGUUCGGCUCUGCGACACAGAGAGACGAGAGAGAGAGAGGAGGCCUCGGGCAGGAGGAGCCGGGCCGGAGCGCGGGUGUUGUUUGCUGCUGGACUCCCCCUGCCCCCACACCCCCGCAGGAUGAUAUGAGACUUGAAAGAAGACGAUGCAUACAGGAGGAGAGACUUCAGCAUGCAAACCUUCAUCUGUUCGACUUGCACCAUCGUUUUCAUUCCAUGCUGCUGGCCUUCAGAUGGCUGGACAGAUGUCCCAUUCGCAUCAGCAGUACAGUGAUCGUCGGCAGCAGAACAUAAACGACCAACAGGUUUCUGCCUUAUCAUAUGCUGACCAGAUUCAGCAACCUCUAACGUUGACAAACCAGAGGCGGAUGCCCCAAACUUUCCGUGAUCCAGCCACUGCUCCUUUGAGGAAACUCUCCGUAGAUUUGAUCAAAACAUACAAGCAUAUUAACGAGGUUUACUAUGCAAAAAAAAAACGGCGGCAUCAGCAGGGCCAAGGAGAUGAUUCCAGUCACAAAAAGGAGCGAAAAGUUUACAAUGAUGGCUAUGAUGAUGACAACUAUGACUAUAUUGUAAAAAAUGGGGAGAAGUGGAUGGAUCGCUAUGAAAUUGACUCUUUAAUAGGCAAAGGAUCCUUUGGACAGGUUGUAAAGGCUUACGAUCGAGUGGAACAGGAGUGGGUGGCUAUCAAAAUAAUAAAAAACAAGAAGGCUUUCUUAAACCAAGCACAGAUUGAAGUGCGACUGCUUGAGCUUAUGAACAAACAUGACACUGAGAUGAAGUACUAUAUAGUGCAUUUGAAGCGCCACUUCAUGUUCCGAAACCAUCUCUGCUUAGUGUUUGAAAUGCUGUCCUACAAUCUGUAUGAUCUCUUGCGGAACACCAACUUCAGAGGUGUCUCAUUGAACCUGACACGAAAAUUUGCACAGCAAAUGUGCACUGCACUGCUUUUUCUGGCAACUCCUGAACUUAGUAUCAUUCACUGUGACCUAAAACCUGAGAAUAUCCUGCUCUGCAACCCUAAACGAAGUGCUAUCAAGAUUGUUGACUUUGGCAGUUCGUGUCAACUUGGACAGAGGAUAUACCAAUAUAUCCAGAGUCGUUUUUAUCGAUCACCAGAGGUGCUACUGGGAAUGCCUUAUGAUCUUGCAAUUGAUAUGUGGUCCCUUGGGUGUAUUUUAGUUGAGAUGCACACUGGAGAGCCUCUUUUCAGUGGGGCAAAUGAGGUGGAUCAAAUGAAUAAAAUAGUGGAAGUUUUGGGGAUUCCACCUACCCACAUCCUUGACCAAGCACCAAAAGCAAGAAAGUUCUUUGAGAAGUUGCCAGAUGGCGCUUGGAACUUGAAGAAGACCAAAGAUGGAAAAAGGGAAUACAAACCACCCGGAACUCGUAAACUUCACAAUAUACUAGGAGUUGAAACAGGAGGACCAGGUGGACGUCGUGCUGGGGAAUCGGGUCAUACUGUAGCUGACUACUUGAAGUUCAAAGACCUCAUCUUAAGGAUGCUUGAUUAUGACCCUAAGACACGAAUUCAACCUUAUUAUGCCCUACAGCAUAGUUUCUUUAAGAAAACAGCAGAUGAAGGUACAAACACAAGUAACAGCGUGUCAACGAGUCCUGCCAUGGAGCAGUCUCAGUCUUCAGGAACCACCUCUAGUACAUCUUCAAGCUCAGGUGGAUCUUCUGGAACAAGCAACAGUGGAAGGGCACGGUCAGACCCCACACACCAGCAUCGACAUAGUGGUGGACACUUCACUGCUGCUGUUCAAGCUAUGGACUGUGAAACACACAGCCCACAGGUUCGACAACAGUUUCCUCCUCCUAUUGGUUGGACAGCCACUGAAGCUCCUACACAGGUCACUGUUGAAAACCAUCCAGUUCAGGAAACCACCUUCCAUGUAACCCCUCAACAACAGAAUGCAUUACAUCAUCAUCACGGAAAUAGCUCUCACCACCACCACCACCAUCACCACCACCACCACCAUCAUGGACAGCAAGCUUUGGGUAGCCGGACCAGGCCAAGAGUCUACAAUUCUCCAACAAACAGCUCCUCCACCCAGGAUUCUAUGGAGGUGGGCCACAGUCACCACUCCAUGACAUCCCUGUCUUCCUCAACUACUUCUUCCUCUACAUCUUCCUCCUCUACUGGUAACCAAGGCAAUCAGGCCUAUCAGAACCGCCCAGUGGCUGCUAAUACCUUGGACUUUGGACAAAAUGGAGCUAUGGACAUGAAUUUAACAGUCUACUCUAAUCCGCGCCAAGAAACUGGCAUAGCUGGACAUCCAACGUACCAGUUUUCUGCUAAUACAGGUCCUGCUCAUUACAUGACUGAAGGACACCUUGCAAUGAGGCAAGGAAUUGAUAGAGAAGAGUCUCCCAUGACAGGAGUUUGUGUUCAGCAAAGUCCUGUGGCUAGCUCGUGACUAAACUGAAACUAAGUUUGUUUCUUGUGUGUUUUUAUAGAAGUGGUGUUUUUCCAAAAACAAAGUGCAAAGCUGCUUGAAUCAGAAGGAGAUAAACUCACUGAACCGCUACAGGAGGGCAAAGCUGACUAUUUUUUUAAACUUGAAAAGAUUGCAAAGGGACAAUGAAGUUUUUUUUGUUGGUUUUUUUGGGGUGUUUUUUUUUGGUUGGUUUUUUUUUUGUUUUUUUUUGUUUUUGUUUUUUAAGAGCCAUGUUCGGACCCACCUUAACGGAUAGCUUAGUGGUGUUCACCUUUUGCUUCUCCCAUUUUAACUUGCCACAACCUAGUUGUAGUUCGGUUUUUUUGGGGAGGGUUUUUUUUUUUUCAAACAUUCAACAGGGGUUAUUGUUCAAAUGUUAGUUGUAGUCGCAAUCUAGUUUCUUUUUAAAAGCAUUGCACAUGAUUUAUAAAAAAGGCCCUUUGAAGUUUUUGGGUGGGAGGGGAGUGAGUAAAAUAUAUAUAUAUUUUUUAGUUCCCCAAACAAACAUGGGCACAGAAAUGCAGUACUGUAAGAAAGAGGGACCUUCAGAUUACACAAAUAUAUUCUUCAGCUGUAAAAAGGGACGGUUGUAAUGGAGUUUGUAAGGCACAUUAAGCAUGCUAAGUGGCGGUGAUCAGAACUCUCCUUUUCUGAAUCUACUGAGGAUCAAAGCAGCAAUUGUAACGGGAUUCUGUGAGUCUCAUAUUUUGGAGACCACAGUCAGUUAGUAUUGAAAUAUGACUGGUUUCAUAACUGAGGUGCACUGAGAAGCAAUCAACGGGUCGGUCCUGGCCAGUCCUGGGGAGGUCUAAGUGGUGGUCUUUGGGAUAACCUUUGGCCUUAUGGAUUUGGACUCUUAAGUUAGAAGAGCCUACCAUUUCAGAUGCAAUCACUUUUGGACAUGCUUUUGCAGACAGUCCUUAAUGCUGAAAACACAGAGAAUGGGUAAUUCAAGAGGCCUUUCUUUUAAAAUAGACUUUUGUGACCCACUUAUUGUAAGGUAUUGCAAGGUCACUUUGCGUGUGUCAUAAAGUUGACUUCCUUAUUGGUUGAAGGUCACAGGAGUAGUGGUUUGCGUUUGAUGGAAAUAGCUACAACUGUGUCCCUUCCUGCUUUUUACUUUUUUCUUUUGCUUUUUCUCGGCACGUGGUUUCUCCACCAUUACUUCUGCACAAAGACGUCUUCUGUUCAUCCUGAACAUUUUUAAAAAUGCAGAAUUUUAUGUGACUGCUUUUUUGCCUCACAAUUAUGCUGUGAAUUUUACAAAAAUUUAUUUUCUUUUUUGAUAAUUUAUUGUACCAAAGCUGUUUUUAUAGCACAUAGAUGUCUGUAACCAAUAAUGUAGCAGUUCUGCACUUUGACACAAGGUGUAACUAGACCAUUUUUAAAUGUCAGUUGAAAAUUAUGGCUGUACUAUUGCUUAAACAAAACUGGAACUGUUGUUGAAUUCAUAGCCAAUACAUUUACAGCAAUCUGUGUACUGAACAUAAUAGAUUGACAUCUACUUCGAGACUAUAACAUCUGUUACAUUAUAAAUGUGUUCAGGCUUCUGAAGGUAAAAGGGACACUAGAUCCAGAAGCUAUGAAACCAGCAGUUGACUCUUGUAUUCCUUAUUAACAUAAGUGUAAACUUGAAGGCAAGACCUUGAUUGCAUGAACAGGUCCAAAAUAAUAGUCUGAGUAAAGCAAAACACUCACAUGAGACCUGAGGUUAGCAGGCUGUAUUUAACAGGUGCCUAAUUUUUGGGUAAUGCUGCCUUAAUAUAACACAGUCAGCUUGGCAGUUGCAAAAUUUAUGGGCCCAUUUAGAGAUUUAUUUGUAUGAAAAGUGAAAACUCCAUGGAAAACAUUGGAAAGGAUAAGGGUAAUUCAUUGAUUGCCCAUCCCAGAUUAACAUUGUUUGCCCAUUAUGUAUUACAGAAGCAGUGAUCUACCUCUGCCAGUAAGCCCUUUUAAAACGUAAUUUAGCAGAAAAUUCAGAGUUCAUACUGGUCAAUUCCAAGCGGCCAAGUCAUUUUUUCAGACUAAAAGGUGGAAUUUUUUAUACUUACAGUGGCAAUGCAGCAGCUGACUACCAUGUAAAUGGGAGUGAAUUCUUGGGACUACCAUUUUUUUUGUAAAUCAUAAUUUUUUUUUUUAAUCAAGCGAUGCAUAUUUCUUCUGUUUUGACAUGUCAACCCUGUGGAUGAAAGUGGGUUUUUUUCUUUUUUUCUUUCUAUUUUUUUUUUUUUAAACUCAGUAAUUCAGAGAAGUUUACAGGAUUUGGAAGGCUGUCACCUUAGAAACAGAAUGCUGAAUUUAGCAAUAUAAAAAGGAAUCCAGUACUUACUGCUGUCUAGGAAUAUAAGGGUAAUAUGAAAUCUGGGUAAUUUUUGUGUGCGCGGGUUGCCACACCUUAGCAAGCGCAAAAAAAUAAAGCAGUUAAAAUAUCGACAUAAAGAAGAAAUCAUAAAAUCCAGUGCUUCUGCAUACUGUGUUAUGUUACAGUCCAGUUUUGUGUGCUUUACUACACAGUUUGGUUACAGGACUUCUGUGCAUUGUAAACAUAAACAGCAUGGAAAAGGUUAAAUACCUGUGUUCAGAUUGUAAGAUCUAGUCCGGACUUGCUGUGUAUAUUGUAACGUUAAAUGAAAAGACAAGCCCUUUGUAUUAUAGUCAUGCAGUCUUAUGUAUGAUAAACAGUUGAAUAAUUUGUCCUCAGACUCUUUACUGUGCUUUUUAAAAAAAGAGUAAUUUAAGAAAAAAUGUAAACAUAGUAAAUCUUCCUAUGCAAUUAACCUACUCCAAGCCAUGGUAUGGUAGGUAUAAUUAUACUAUAAUAUGUAAAUAUCAGAUACAUUGAAACAAACUUAAAAAUAUGAAAGUAAAAAGUUGGAGGCAUAACAGAUAAUUUUGAGUUUUUAAUUGAAACAGCAAGGUAUACAAAUCAUUGAUGUAAGAACACAGCUCUGCUUGAUUCUGAUGGACUGUACUUGUAGUUUGAGUUCUUCAUAUUAUCAUCUGUUAGUUUGAAUGUUCUCAUAUGCACUGCAGCAUUCUACCUAUUGCAGACUAGCUGAUUUUAAGGCCAGAAGUGACCAUGGUAAUGAAAUAAUCUGACUGGCAUGCCAUUAUCCCUAGAAUUCAAUCUAGUUAUAUCUGCAUUAUGAAGUCCAUAUCUUUUGGGUGCAGUAGGACGUACAUUUUAAAAAGAUAGCUGAUUUUCUUAUAGAUUCUUCAAGUGUGAGGAUUUUUUGGUGUCUCUUGAGUGAUGCAGAUAGUUUAUUUUCCAUACUCUUAGUCCUCCUCCAGUUUUAGGACCGAUUAGUUACAGCUGCUGGCCAUCAGAUAGCUAGCUGCCUAUUAGAAUAACAAAUAACUAUUCUAGAUUUAAACUAUUUCACUUUAUUCACAUAAAAAUAUGUUAACUUUAAUAAUCUAUAUAGAUGGAGUUCCUUAAAUCUCUGCUUGUAAAGCUUUUACAGCUCUUCUGAAACUUCAGAUGUUUUAAAAUCCAUUCUAAAGUGUGGACAUAAGAACUGCAUACAGCAUCUGGUAGUAAUUUCAGUAUUGCUGUGUGCGUGUAGUAUGUGCAGGUACAUUCUUGAACCUUUCAGUUUAUAUCUUUGCUUGUUUGUUUAUACCUCCAAGGAUUGCAUUUUAAAAUCUUUCAGUCUCAGUUAUUUGCAUUAAAAGAUUGUAAAUUUAGCUGAUGAUCCAUCAUGAUUCCUGAGUCCUUUUCAGAACUGCUGCUCUUCCAGGAUGUAGUCUUCCAUCCUGUAAGUAUAAUGAUGUCUGAACGGGACUGGUUUACAGAAGGAUUGGAUUCACCUACAGAUGUGACUUGUCUUCAUUGUUUAUCACUCUACCAUCGCUGUUUUCAUUAAAACGUCAGUGUGCUUAUAUUUUAUUCUUGAUAACUGAAAAAUAGCUUUGAAGAGAAUUCCUCUUGAAAACCAUUAGAAACAUCCUUUUUUAAUGUGGAAGUAAUCUAAAAGUCUAACAUUCUGACACAGUGGUGAAUAUAUUGUGUUGAUUUAUAGGACAAAUAUAUUUCAAUAAGAUCAUUAUAUGGAACUUCUGAAUAGUAUAGACAUAUCUUUCUAGUCGAAAUUACACCAGUAACUGACUAAAAGUAUAAUUCUUGCUGAGUGUUGGUUACAUGAGGAUAGUUUGUAUGUGAUCCAACAUGACUUUGGCAAGUGAUGUAUUUUUACUUAUAAGGAUGGAUAUUAGAAUUGUACAGUAUCUUACAUCUGUCAAGCAAAGAAAGUCACCUUGCCAAACUGUACUUCUCUGUUAUGAAUGCCUGGCAUUUUAGGGUUCUACAGAAGCAAGCUCACAUUGAGAAAUUUGCAAGUGGUGUUUAUUUCUCCACCUCAUGAUGAUAGUUGAGCUAUUUUUUUCCUUAUUGAUUAAGAUGCCUUGUUUUUAUUUCAACAGUUCUUCAUACUAGCCCUGUCAAAUAUAUAUGAUCUGCCUAGACUUGAGAGGAGUUGCAGUUUGUUGUUUAUGUUUUAUGCUGGAUGUUGUAGAGUAUCACAGAGUUCAGUCACAAAAUGGGACACUGUGACUGUCCUUGAGGACAGUCUGAUUGUCUGAGGACUGUCCUUGACUGAUAGGAGAAUGUGAUACAUUUCAUAAGCCAGACAAAGACGGUAAUUAAAAUUUUAAACUUCAGACUCCUCUGCUGAAUGGGAGAGAGAAAAUGAAGUUCACUUCAAGCAGUGUUCGUAGAUUCUUGAGAGAAAGUGAAAGUAGAAGAUUCUGAAGAGGAUAAGGGUGGGAAUUGGAAGGGUGUUCUGUGUGGGAGGGAGUCUAACCAGUGUGAAUAAUAGCAUAGGGAAGGGAAACAGAUACCCUUAGCGGAGUGGAAUUGUGCAGACCUUAAUUGAAAAUGAGAACAGGAAAUUUUUUUUUGAUGCGUUCCUGGACCUAGGAAAGCAUGUGAGUGAAGCUGAAUGGAAAACUUGAUGGCUGUGUUGAAUGAAGCUUAACAGUUCUACUUUGAGUGGAAAAUGUUUUUCACAGGAGGUUGGAUUCCAGUAAUGUGAGAGGUGUCUAGAAUGUAGCUCUGUGUUUUGUCUCAAGGUAGAUUUUAAUCCAGUCUGUUUAUCCCUUGGCAAGACUUGGGUCAAAUCUGGAGUUUUGCAAGAGAGCAGAAGUGAAAGUUGGGAUGGUUUUAUUGCAAUUUAGAAAGGCUAAAUUGAAGAAGGAGGAUUUGGAUUCGCACAGCAGACCAAAUGAUGGCAUGCUGGUGAGAUCAGACUGGCAGAAGCAGCAGCAAUGGUUAGAGUGGAUUGACAGCAUGUAGACAACUGAGUGGAUUUUAAUUUAUUUUCUAACUAGGGCUGAAAUGUAUAGGUCAAAAUAGGCUGAAAGCAGAGCCUAGUGAGACCUUGAAGGAGGUGGUAGAUGUUAUAGAUGGAGUUCUAAAACUGUAGAAAUAAUACACACCCACGCCUGCUCCCCAAACCUAAGCCUAGGCAGUGUACAUUGGUGAGCGAUUCUCUGUUAAAACUUGUACAUGUGUUUAGUCGGAUGAGAAUGGAAGUGAGACUAAGCAAAGCAAAGGCAUUCUUUAACAAAAUUGUUGCUGUGAAGUAGAAAAGGCAUAGGUUCUAUAUAUUCUAAAAGAUAUUUUAUUGUGGAUCCACCUUAGGUCCUCCUUCGUAACACAGGACAUCCUCUGUUUCACAACAAGCAAUUUUUUCUCCGUCAGCAACAGUGAAAAGCAUCUGAGCUAAAUAACGAUAACCAGUAUUGCACUGAAAAGCUACUAAACCUCAAACAGAAACCCAGCAAGUAAGGAAAGCAGCCCCAGCAUUUUCAGUCCAAAUGACAAAAACAUCAGGUAUUUUUUUAAAAUUAAGGCUACUAAUACUCCUACUGAUAGGAAAGAACAUCCGUUUGGCUUUCUAAACCAAAUUCUAAUAAUCCUUAAGAGCAGAUUUAUCCUACGCUGGGGCAAGUUAGUCUGAAUUUCAGUAGAGUCAGUACUGAGAAACCCACAUGUAGAUCAUGGUUUUUGGACAACAGAAUGUAAUGUGGCUUUAGGUAAACAAGGCAAAUGCAAUUAAACUUAUUGUGUAGUACACUGGAAUUUUCUUCUGUUUCUCUUUCCUGUAUGUCUUUGUGAGAGGCAUUUCUCAUCCCUGGUAAGUUUUGCAAUCCAGCUCUUAGUCCCCACGUACUCCAUAGGAACAGCUUCAGCUGGAUUUUCUGCUUCCCACUGCUGCAAACUCCAGCGUCCUGGAAUACGGUUAUGAUGUCUUGGCGUGUGGGUUCUUUUAUAAGGGCAUUAUAUUUUCCAGAACACUACAUCUUACAUGUCAGAUUUAGUUUAAAGCUGUGCAAUUAACGAAGAAAGUAGAGAAAUGUUUUGACAUUUUUCUUCCAUCGUUGUUUUGCAUGCUUAUGGACAAAUCUUAUGGAAUUGUGUACCGUAAGGCAGUGUUGGGGAGUGUCUCCUAGAAACAUAUUGGUCUCUAAUAUGAAUGCUUUUAUAGUAUAUGCAGUGGUCUCGUGAAUGCAUUAGCCAUUUGGAUUCUUCAUUGUUGCAGCCUCCUGCUAGAGUAUUACCAUGAAAGCUUUCUGGGAAGACACUAUUUCACCAGUGGAGUAAUAGAUAAGCAGUUUUAUUCCUGCUAAGAAAAAACCAAUUUGAGUCUAAAAGGAUUGCUUAACUUUUAAAAAACCAUAGAUGUAUUGAUGUUUAUGAUUUGUACUAAUAUCAACAGUUUAAUUCAAAGCAUUUAUUCGUUAAAGGGUGCUGAAAGUUGGUCUGUUUGACUAUAGGACACUGUUGUCUUAACAUGUUUGCGUUGCAUUUUUCCAUUAAUUACCCUGUUAGCCAGCUCUCACUGCUUAAAGCAGUGUUAACGGCAGUAGCUUAUAAUUUUGAAGAUCUGGCUUGGUAGCUUUCUUCUUUUGUUCUUCCCCCCCCCCCUUUUUUUUUUUUUGAAAAGUACUCUGGCUUUCCUAUUGCUGACAUUCAGCAGUGUGUAUAUAAAGAAAUUUGAGUCUUAAUUUUCAAGACAAUCCACAGAUUGGUCCCUAAAACAUAACUAGAGUAUGAAGGAAGGGGUAAAACAUUGUGUCUCAAGUUCAGUUUUGUGUGAUCAUCAGAGCUGAGUCCUGCUUACCACUAGCUUAUGAAUCCCAUGGAUUUUAAGAAUUUCUUGAAGCUUCAGAACUUAGGGGUAUUCCAUACGGUUUUGAGUAAUAAAAAGAACAGCAGCAUAGAUACGCCAACAGAAAUUAAGACCCAAAUCCACCUCCUGUAGGUCUCCCCAUGAGAAGUGGGAGGAGAGGAGAUUAAUGUGACAGAUGUUGACUGUCAAAAGACAAUUAAUUGGUUAGUGAUUGGAAAAUGAUACAUGAAAAAUCAAAAGCCAAGCUUAUUUGUUCUGAAGAAACUGAUUGAAGAUGUCAAGCAGAAAAUCUCUCCACCCAGAUUUGUCUUCUUCAGGAAGAGCUCUCACAUACCACUUGCUGUGGUGUUCCAGAGCCUGCCUUUUCCUUCAGAUUCUCCUUCCAACUUGUAGCUCAUCCAGGUUGAUUUCACAACUGCUCCUCAGUCUAAAAUGUCAACAGUUGGUAGAUGGAGUUAAUCAUUUUGAGACUGCAAGGAUGGUGGUGAUGAUGAUGAGUUAUCUUUACCUAAAGCAGGCAGAAAGGCUAGUCCUGAACGGAACAUGUUCAGAGCUAUUCUGCAUUUUCAGUGCGACAAAUCCUUUCAUAUUUGCACUCAAAGGAAACUCCAUUCAGAGAACUUGGGAGUCAAGAAUAAGCUGAGGGAAUUUGGUUUCAAAGCUUCAGCCUUACUUGUCUUCUUUCCCAGUGGAGGGCUAGCACAGUAUAGUACCAGUGGGAUUCAUCCUCUUUGCUGUACCGUGCCAGAGCAUUCGUGUGUUUUUAUUUUCAUAUGAACUCAUCUGUCUGUGUAAAAUGUUUGCCUUGUGUAUGAGGAACUUUUAUCACUUUUUCCCCACACCAGCUAAGUUAAUAUUUCUUCCAAGAAAAAUAUUGUACGCUGGUUUAUUCAAUACUGGCAUAACCUGCUUUAUGGUACUCUGUGUACGCUAUCUCACAUCAGUCUGGUCAAACUUCAGUAUGCAGAGCUGAUACUGUUCUAUAUGUUUGUGAAGGGGCAUUUGCGCUGUAAACAAAACAUGCUACCAGUAGAAACAUUACAGUGGCAUAGAGGUCACUUUGAUACAGUGAUAAUGUGAAGGUUUGUGUCCUGCUAUAACCGCGAAGACCUGAGAAGACAAAUCCAGAAUCCUCAGGAGGCAGAGCUUUGAAAAUUAGAAGUGUCAUACUCGGAGCUCUUUCAUGGGAACAGUGAGAGCUUUUUGUCUGAACAAAGAGUCGAACAUAGUAACUUUGUCUAAAAUAAUUUCAAUACCCCUUUCAUUUUCAGUGGAAACUGUAUUUUCCCCUCUUCAGAAACAAUAAUAUUGCAUGGCCUUUUCUCCCCCAUCCAAGUUCCUGUCCCUUCUCACUGCUUCUUGCUCCCGUUCCCUGCCCUACUUUCCACUCGGGCCCUUCUCCCCACUUUCCUAUACUUCUCACUUUUUGCUUUUCUGUCCUUUUCCCACCUUUCCGCCUUUUAUCUUUUCCCCUGCUUUUUGUUUCCCUGCUCUUUCUGCACCUUUCCCCUGUUCUUCCCACUGCUUUUUCCUGCUUUCCUCUGUUGCCUUUCCAGUCUUAUGGCUUUUUCUUUCCACUGCAUUUCUUUCAUUUUCCUACUUGUCCUCUUCCUGUCUUUUCACAGCUUUUGCUGCCUUGCUCAUGCUUGUCUUCCUUGCAUUUAUUUUCCUACCUCGUCUUCCUGUCAUGUUUCCCCUAUUUGCCUUGAUCCCUCCACCUCCUUCUUCUCAAUACUUAAGAGGUCUUUGACUCCCUUCCCCUGUGUCUCCCUUUCUCUCUCUGCUGAUUGCUCUUUUGACUUCCACGUUUUUAGGGUUCUCCCCGUCUCUUCUUUUUGGUACUUUGUGUUCUCUGCUUUUUCCUGCUUUGAAUUUUCCUCUUUGCUUUGAUGUUCUAUUCCAUUCUUUUUUCUAGUUUUUCAGGUUGCUUGCUCCAGCCCUCUUCUUCAUUGCUCUUCACUAUGUUGACUUCUUUUCACUUCCUAUCUUUCCUGCUUGUUUUUUUCCUGCCUGUCUUUCCUGUUUUUUCACCAUUGCUUUGCAUUUCUUUCCCCGCUUUGCUUUGCUUUCACAGACUUUCAGUCUUUUACUUUUCUUUCUAAUGCUUUCCAGGUCUUUUCUCCCUUCUUUUCCAAUGCUUUCUUUGACUUCUCCUUCUUUUUUCCCCUAUUCUUUUCCAGUGAUUUUCAGUUGUUUUAUUUGCUUCCUUUCCUAGUUUUAAUGCUUUUCAGGUUUCUUCUCCACUUCUCCCUUGCUUAUUUUCCCACCCCCUCCCUGCAUUUCCCUGGUUUGACUCCUUUCUCACUCUUUUCCCAUCUCUUUCAUGCUUUUUGGGUAGUUUCAUUUCCCCUCCACUUCUGUUCCUUGCGUUUGAGUGCUUGGAGUUCUUUUUCUGUACCUGUUUCUGCACAGAACCCCCACCGCAAUUAUUUUCAUCACGUUUCACUGCUCUGACUUCUUUUUACUGCUUUUCCUGUCUCUCCUUUUUUUCCCCACCUUCUCUUGUUUUUACGAUUUAUUCCUGCUUUGACAUCCUCUCCCAUCUUUUCCUGCUAUUGACUUUUUUCCUCACUGCUUUUGUGGUCUUCUCUAACCUUUUCCUUGCUUUUCAGAUCUCAUCAUUGCUUGGCACUGCUUUAUCUUUUACUUCCCUCUCUCUUCUCAUCUUUUCCCCACUUCUCUCUUC